UGGAGAACGAGGGAGAACGCCGGCGACGGUUCACGGGCCGUGAGCAAGUGGGGCGGACUGGAGAGCGAGAGAGCGAUCGGCCAGUUUACCUUGCCUGCCUCGCUGUUGCAGCUGCAGCUGCUGCAACGCAACGCAAAGGGUCCACCCCGCCAAGGCCUCCACUCUCGCAUCUAACCCCGUCCUCAUUACCAGCAGGCUCAGCCAGCACACUCCCCGCCGCGAACCAUGGCCAACACCCCCGAUGCGAACGAUGCUGCAUCGGGUCGCUUGCCAGCAGCAGCAGUAGCAGCAGCAGCGACGCAGCGCAGCGUGCUAGGUCCACCGCUUACAAGAUUCUCCUCCAUCCACCAAGGCGGCAGCACCACCAGCACGGCCGAGCCAGAGCGAGCAUUGGCUGCAUCAGCGUCGGCUCCGUCGCCACAACAGCAACCCUCCUCGCGGCCCUCGCCUCGCCUCUCGGACCUCGUUGAUCCUGCGACGACGUCCCGCUACCCACCUUCACUCCCACGGAACGGGUCAGGCAGCGUUUCCAAUGCCCCCUCCUUUCCCUUUCCGCCGCUUCCCAGUCCGUACGCGAACACCACCAACGGCGCUAGGCAGCUCUUCACGUCGUCCAGUGCGACGCGCAGUCCCGCAUUAUACAAGCUUGCGUCGUCCGAGCGCAGCACGGUGGGUGAACUGUCGGCUGCGUCUAGCGCUCCGGCAGCAGCGGUAGCCACAGCAGCGGUAGCAGCAGCAUCGCCAUCCUCCGCCGGGCGCACCUCGCUCUGGAGCGCCUCUGUGCAUUCGCGCGAGCGCAACGGUGCGUCGACCGGCCCGCUCAACAACACUAGCGCAUCCUCCCCCGGCGCCAGCUAUCGCACUGGCACGACGACGACGUCAUUGUCGUCGUCGUCGCUCAAAGGCAAAGGCAGCAGCAGCAGCGCGCAACCAAUGUCGACGCUCAUCGCGUCGUAUCCGGACGCAUACCAGCACAGCGGCGUCGCACCAGCAUCAUCGUUACUGGACUCGGGAGACGGUGCCGCGGGCAGCAUUUCGCCUUCGUACGGCUUUGCGCAUCACGGCAGGCGCAGCCAGGCUGUGCAGCAGCAGCAGAUGAAAGCACAAGCCAUGUACACGAACGGCCCCGACGCCACAUCCGGCAGCAGCAGCUGCAGCAACGGAGUCACCAGCUCCUCGUCGCGCGGCCUCAAGCGCCCUCGGUCGCCGCGGCCGCCGGCCUCGGCAGCCGCCCGCAGCUUGCACGCGGAGACACACGCCAAGGCGAGCGGACACGAGUCUUCGCCCAGCGAGCGCGGCAGCAGCUCGCCCGCCGGUGGCAACAACAGCACCAGCACCAGUACCAAAAAUCGCGCUGGCGACGGUGCGGAUGCACCGACCAGCAAGAAGCCCAAGACACCGCGCGCAUGCGACUCGUGCAGGACCAAGAAGAUCAAGUGCCAGGUGCUGAAGGACGGGUUAUGCUUGCAUUGCAAGACGUACCAGCUGCGAUGUACUUUCUACUUGCCUAUCUCCGAAACGCGCUUCAAGAAAAAGCGCGAUCGCGAGAUGGAGCUGUUCACCGUCGCGGCAGCAGCUGCAGCUGCUGCCGCGACGGGCCGAGCGCCGCUGACGCACGUGCCCGGUGCGCGCGGCCUCGGCGCGCCGCAUGACCUCUCCGGGCGCAUCCUACCCCCUUUGCGGCCAAGCAUGAGCCAGGAGUGGUCUGCACCGCCAGGUACCGUGCCCCAAGCCGCCGGUUUCACUGCCUGGCCCUCUUCGGGACCACGCUCGGCGCCCGUGCUAGCGGGCGAUGCCCACCUGGCAGCGGCGGCGGCUGGCAACACGGGCAGCAACAGCUCGCCCGAGCGUGCCGCGGAGCCGUCUCGUGCUGCGACGGGCCCAGCGGUCGUCGUGGCCCUGCAGCGCUCCGCAUCCGAGUCGGCCGCGCGCGUUUGUGGCGUGGCGGCGAAUGGCGGGCAUAGCCCUGCGUCAGGCGCGCCGCCCCAGCCGCCCGACUCGAGCGUGCUGGGCCCGACAUCGAUUGCCUACCUCGUGCACUCGACCGCGUUCGUGCCGAGCGCCGCGCUGGAGGACCACGACAUCAAGCACCACCAGACCUUCGAGGUCGGCGCCAGCGGUGACGGCAUUAUCAAGUUCCACAAGGUCCCGCGCACGCGCGGCUCCGUCUCGAGCGACGAGGAGCUGCCGACAGAGCUACCGGAGGUGGUGCGCUCGCGCCUCGCCGGCGACGUCGCGGAGAAGCUGGUCAACUCGUACUUUGAGAGGAUCGCGCCGAUGUUCCCCAUCAUCACCAAGUCCGAGUUCCUCCACCUCUCUCCGCCGCCACCGCUGCUGCUGUACGCCGUGUGCAGUGUCGCGGCGCUCGCGCGCGACGUUCCGCGCGAGGUACUCACCGCUGUGCGCAGCACGCUCGCCAUCCUCCUCCGCGACAGCGACGUGCUGAGCAACUCGAGCUCUGUCGCGAUCCGCGCUCUGCUCGUCAUGAGCCUCCACCAGGACGUCCACGGCUCGACGGCCGUCCAGUGCGGCGCGCGCUCGUGGAACCGCCUCGGCUGCGCUGUGCGCAUGGCUCAGGACCUCGGCCUGCACCGCGAUGCCAGCGGCCGCGACGACGUCGACGGCGAAGCGUUUUUCCUCGAACAGAAGCGCAGGGUCUGGGGCAGCUGUGUCACCGCCGAUCGCUGGGCGGCGAUCUACUCUGGCAGACCGCUCGCCAUCGACCUGACGGACUGUGACGUCCGCCUCCCGUCGCCGUACGAGGUGCUGCGCUACCCGUCCGACCCGCCGUCGCGACCCGGCGAGCAGCAGCCGUUCGUGUUCAACACGGAGAUGCUCAAGCUGAGCAUUCUCUUCGGCCGCGUCAUGAAGACCAUCUACAGCCCGACGGGACUCAUGAAGGCGACCGACGAGGAGAUCACCAGCUUGCUUGGCGACAUUGACGCCUGGCGCGAGGCCCUGCCAGAGCGCCUUCAGUUCAAAGGCCAACGAUCGCCGCCGGAGGCAGGUAUCCUGCACAUCGCACAUGCGUGCUUGCAGGUUCUCUUCUUCCGCGUCUUCCUGCGCAUAUCUUACGUCUGCCCAACGCAUCUCAAGUUCAGUAUGACGAUCGAGCGCAUGACGCAGCUUCUCACCUGGGCCAAGGAGGCGAUCGACUGGGUCAACGACCACGAUUUCUACUUUGACACCCUCGGCCUCCUUUCAUAUAGUCUCGUCAGCUGCGCGACGCUCAUGUACCAUGCUUCGAUCCGUCGCGGCGACCAGGUCGCGCUAGAGAAGCUCAAGAAGCUGCGAGACUACUUCAAAGCCGCCGCCAGGACCGACGAGGGUCUGGGCGACUCGGUACGCGCCAAGAGCGGCGCUGUGAUCGCACUCCUGUACGAUGCUGCCAUUGGCGCCUUCCCCAAUGAGCGCUACACUGGCGCGCUGAAUCCGACGGCGGGCGUCAGCAACCACAAGACGACCGAGGCCGUGCGAGGUCUCAAGUUCAAGCCGGACCCAUCUCGCCCAGGUGGAGGGGUGUACGUCGCUGAGACGAGCGACCUCGUCGUGCACGAUCUGCCGCGCGGCACCGUCAUUCUCAAGGAUACCGAGACGGCCAACCGCAUGCCCGUAUUCACGUGGUCACCCACAUCGGGCAACUGGCGCAUGGUCUCUGGCAAUCCCGACAGUGCUCCGCUGCCUGCUGACGACCCGAGUAGCGCUCCAGGCGCAAAGCUGGUCACCAUGUUCCCCAUGGCAACAGGCCUGGUUAACCUUCCACCCGGUAUGCCGCAAACUCCGCAGCAGCAGCAGCAGCAACUGCCACCCCAGCCACUACAGCAGCAGCAACCGCAAGUUCAUCACCCCCAACAUCAAGAGCCAGCAGGGAUGCAUGGCUUCCCCGUCGAUGUGGGCGAUGUGCAAGCCCAGCUCUUUGCCAACGUCAAUCCGGACUUGAACGGUGUCAGCUGGAAUCCAGCGGCGAACUUCGUGCUCGAAAGCUCAGCGGACCUAGCCCCGAACUUACAGGGCUCGGGCGUAGAUCCUCUCCUGCUGGAUGGCUUACCCCAGCAUCUCGACUUUGACGCAUGGUCCAGCUGGUUUGCAAGGUUCCAGCCUCAUCUACAAAAUCGCGACAGCGACAUGUCUGCCGCUUCGCUCGCAGUGUGAUAUUCCCAGAUCGAAUGGACAAUCGGAUAAUUAGUAACGGUGCAAAGGGACGUAUUUUGCCUCGAGUGAAACCCAACAAAUCG